CAUAUACACCCACCUUUCUUCUCAUUUCUGAUCACCAUAUAAGACCAGAGACCCACUGACAUAUGGCUCCAAGAGGAGAGAAUAACAUCGUAGUAGUUCCCAACAUGAAGCUCGAGAAAGUGUUCUGCAUGAAGGGGGGCAAUGGAGAGGCCAGCUAUGCCAAUAAUUCUCAGGCUCAGGCGCGACAUGCUCGAUCCAUGCUUCAUCUUCUCAGGGAAACCCUAGAUGGAGUGCAACUAACUUCCCCAGAAGUCCCCUUCACGGUGGUGGACUUAGGGUGCUCCAGCGGCAGCAAUACAAUCUUCACCAUUGAAACCAUCAUCAAACACAUGAGCAAGCGAUACGAGGAGGCCGGGUUCAAGCCACCGGAGUUCUCUGCGUUUUUCUCCGACCUCCCUUCUAAUGACUUCAACACGCUCUUCCAGCUGCUCCCACCCAUAGCAGACCCUGGAGUGAGCAUGGAAGAGUAUCUAGCAGCCAAAGGCCACAGAUCAUACUUUGCAGCCGCAGUUCCUGGCUCAUUCUAUAAAAGACUCUUCCCUUGCAGAUCAAUUAAUCUCUUUCACUCUGCAUUUUCCUUGCACUGGCUCUCUCAGGUGCCGGAUUGCGUGGUAGACAAACAAUCAACGGCUUACAACGAAGGGAGGGUGUUCAUCCAUGGUGCCAAUGAGGGCACAGCUAGUGCAUACAAGAAACAGUUUCAGAGUGAUCUAUCAGGGUUUCUGAGAUCAAGGGCACAGGAGAUGAUGAGUGGGGGGUCCAUGUUUUUGGUGUGCCUGGGUCGCACCUCUGUGGACCCCACUGACCAGGGUGGGGCCGGACUCCUCUUUGGAACCCACUUUCAAGACGCUUGGAAUGAUCUUGUCCUAGAGGGCCUGAUUACAAGCGAGAAGCGUGACAAUUUCAAUAUUCCAGUGUACGCGCCAAGCAUACAAGACUUCAGGGAGGUGGUUGAAGCCAACGGGUCAUUCACCAUUAACAAGCUGGAAGUAUUCAAGGGAGGGAGUCCACUGGUGGUCAACCAACCUGACGAUGAAGCCGAGGUGGGUCGAGCCCUAGCCAACAGUUGCAGGAGUGUGGCUGGGGUCCUAGUCGAUGCCCACAUAGGGGAGGAGCUAAGCAAGGAGCUGUUUUUAAGGGUUGAGCGCAAGGGGACAAGCCAUGCAAAAGAAGUACUAGAGCAAAUUCAGUUCUUUCACAUAGUUGCAUCUCUCUCUUUUGCCUAGAGAGAAAAAAUACAAAAAAAUAAAAAAAAGCAUGUAUACAAGAUAAGGGAGAAAGGAGGGCCUGUAACUCUUUUUCCUUUCCUUACUUUGAAUCAUUUCUAAUGCUUAGAAAGAGAAGCAAGCACACCCAAAAGAGAGAAGAAGAAAAAGGGUCGAUGGGCAGUGCAUAAGACUUGUUCUCUCACUUUUGUGUGUGCUUGUGACUUCUUGCUCCCUUGGGUCCACACUAAAGGGUAAAUAAAAGCAAGUAAACCCUCUUUAUUUCACUACCUUUAUUGCUCAUCAUUGUGUCUGUAUAUGUGGAGUUGUAGGAAUGAAUGAAAGGGUUUCCUUUUCCACCAA